AUGACUUCAUCGUCAUGGUUUUCAGCAGAUUGCAGCGUGGAGCUGCGCACCAUGUCCGCGGAGCCAUCGGGCCUCCCCGUCUCCCCUGGGGCCAGCCGGACCCCGCCCGUGCCCCCCCAGGUGGACUCUGAGCCCCAGGUGUCACCCCCUUUGCAGAUGGAACCCUCACAGCAUGUGAAGACCAGCAUCAGGGAGGGAUCAGCCGCGUUCCCCGUGAGAGACAGCGCCCCCCACAGGCCGAAGGACAGUCCCGAGGAGAGGGGCCGGAGACACAGUGCGGACGGGGCGACCGCAGGCGAGGGAAGGGGGCACUUCCACCCGUACCAGCGGCAGUACAGCGACGGGAGCCCUCAGGACAGCACCCCAAUACACUCACUGUACCCCAAACCCAUCUACUCCUACAGCAUCCUCAUCUUCAUGGCGCUGCGGAGCAGCCGGACGGGCAGCCUCCCCGUCAGCGAGAUCUACGGCUUCAUGACCGAGCACUUCCCCUACUUCAAGACCGCCCCUGAUGGCUGGAAGAACUCGGUCCGCCACAACUUGUCUCUGAACAAGUGCUUUGAGAAGGUGGAGAACCGGAGCGGGGGCGGGGCCGGGGGCGGGGCCUCGCGGAAGGGCUGCCUCUGGGCGCUGAACCCCGCCCGCGUGGAGAAGAUGCAGGAGGAGCUGCACAAGUGGCGCCGCAAAGACCCGCUGACCGUGCGCAAGAGCAUGGCCCGGCCAGAGGAACUUGGUCGGCUGCUGGGGGAGAACACUGACGGCCUGAGACCUGUCCCCUCCCACUUCACCUGCCCCAGCCACCUCCAAGGCCCCGCCCACCUUGCCACCCCAGGGCAGACUCCGCCCCCACGAGGCAGGGCCAGCUUUGACCCGCCCCCCUCCUUCGGCCACUCCCAGCCGGGGGCCCCGGGUUACGCCUUUGGCCACUCCCACCAAAGCCAAGCCCCGCCCCCCUUCUCGUACCCCUCCUCUGGGAUUCCGCAGGAGGCAGGAGGCGCCCUGGAGUCGCCGCUGGCCGCUCAGACCCCGCUCUACAGCGCCGCCCUGCAGGCUCACCACUGCCGCCCCAGAACUAUGCAGGAGCUGCUGAUGGACGGGGAGCUCUGCAGCGACAUCGACACCCUCAACCCCACGCUCACCGACCUGCAGCUGCAGGGUAACCUGUGGGAGGAGUUAAGAAAUGACAGCCUAGCCCCUGAUUCGCUGCAGCUCGUGCCGACUUCAGCCAGCCCUGCCCCCCCCAACCACGCCGGGACCCUCUCCCCCUGCUGCCCAUGA